AUGGACGAUAGGAAGAGGGUACAACUCAGGUGGUUAAGACCGGCGAUCUGUUCGCCAACUAAGUACAGGAAGAACAGCAUGGGUUUAGCUAUGCCCACUCGUUGGAACAGUGUUGACACCAACGAGGACGAAGACCUCUCAGAGUCUGUGAGCUUGGCAGCGGGGUCUGCAGGCUUGGGGGAGCUGGAGAACAUCUGCUUGGACACCCCAAAGAAGUCGAUUGCAGAAGCAGUAGAAGGGGACACAUCAUCCCCCUUGAUGGAAUCCGUAGAGAAUAAAGAUGCUUUACAGUCUAUCCCUGCUGGUCAGAAGCGGAAAGUUAGUUCAGAAGAGGGUUCAAAGGCUAUAUACCUGAAAGCACUGACAGAUGCCAUUGGGGGAGGUGUGGGGAAAAAGCUUGCUAGAGUUGCACACAGGGCAAAGAGAAGCACCUCUGCACCAUUCAGGCCGCAGGGCAGGAAGUUGUCCUUGGACUCCAGUGAGGAGAUGCCUGGUCUGGAUGACAGCACACAUUUUGACCCAGUAUGCUGCUCGUUCUCAAGCAAAAUGGAGACUUGUGGAACAGGAGAAGUUGGGACAGGGGUACGUCCAUUACUGUUUGUUGACACAGACGAGCAAGAUGACAUCUUAUUGGCUGGGAAGGACACGAGGAAAGUGGUUUUGAGAGAGGAGAACUCGGAUGGCCCUGAUUGGUCAGAUGUGGAUGACCCCGUGGAGGUGCAAACCUUUUCCCAGGACGAGAUUUGCAUCACUGAGACAGAGUCAAAGAAGCACAGCUGUGAUGAUGCACUACCAUCUCAGGAGUACGUGGGUAAUCCUGUGCCACACUUCAUGAUGCUCCACGAACAGCCUCCAGAUGCAUGGAGUGGUGCAGUCCAGCCGCCUUUUGACCCCUCAUCAAACACAUUGACUGGUGGAUUCCAGUUGACCAUGGCCCCCUCCCCAAACAAAUGGAGCCAUGUGGUUCAGUCGUCCCUUGCCUCCUCCCCCAACGUGUGGAGUGGUAGAAGCCAAUCAUCGUGCAACCCCUCUCCAAACAUGUGGAGUAGUGUCCAGACACCUGGGGUAACCUCCAUGAUGAGCCAGUCAGGCAGUCAGGAGCACCGCAGCAAUGUGGAUCAGGCUUCUGACCCUUUUGCUUUGCCUGUCCAUGCCACCAGGAAUAUGUCUAGGUCACCUCCGUUCUACUCCAGGCUUCCCCUCUACACUUCAUGCUCCAGGUUCUACUCACCAUUUGCUUCCUGUGACAGAAACACAAGACGGUCCUCAGACCCUGGCCGUACCGAGUCUCCACCCCCUGAGGGUUCCAGGAACAACACAACCAGAAGAGUGUCAGUGGGGGUGGAGCCUGUGUGGGCCCCCGAUCGCACCAGCUCCAGGGCAGGACAGCUGGGCUUCAUUGACACCCACUGCCACCUGGACAUGCUGUAUAGCAAACUGGGCUUCCACGGGACUUUCACCCGCUUUCGCAGACUGUACGAGAGUUCCUUCCCCCCAGAGUUCCAUGGCUGCAUUGCAGACUUCUGCAACCCGCGCCUCAUGGCGAAGGAGGGGAUCUGGGAGGGCCUUCUUAAAGAGGAGAUGGUUUGGGGCGCUUUUGGUUGCCACCCUCACUUCGGCAAGGACUAUACUGCCGCCAGCGAGCACAUCAUUUUGGAUGCCUUGCGGCACCCGAAAGCCGUCGCAUUUGGGGAAAUUGGAUUGGAUUACUCCUACAAGUGCUCUACAGAAGUUGCUAGGCAAAAGCAGGUGUUUGAGCGACAACUCCGACUGGCUGUAGCAAUGAGGAAGCCCCUAGUGAUACAUUGCAGAGAUGCAGAUGAAGACCUUUUAGAAAUCAUGAAGAAGCUGGUUCCUAGAGACUAUAAAAUACACAGGCACUGUUUCACUAAUGGCUACAACGUCAUCAAGCCAUUCCUCCAGGAAUUCCCCAACCUGACAGUGGGAUUCACUGCCCUGAUCACCUACCCCAGAGCUGUGGAGGCCAAGGAAGCCAUCAGGAAGAUACCCCUGAACAGAAUAGUAGUGGAGACAGAUGCUCCUUACUUCCUCCCACGACAGGUUUCUAAGAGUGUGAGCAGAUUCUCGCACCCAGGGCUGGCCAUCCACACAUUGCAAGAGAUCAGCCUCCUGAAGGGAGAGCCACUCUCCACUGUCCUCACAACUCUGAGAAGCACAACAGCAAAACUGUAUGGCUUGUAA